ACGGCAUACGGUCACUCAGCGUUUCUUUUCUUGUUUACUGCUGAAGGUGUCUACUAUUAGCAGGUAGUUUAACAGCAGCGACAAUGUCAGGACCUAACGACCCCCUUACGCGCCGGGAUUACCUAAUCUCUGCGUGCGCAAUGCUGAAUGAAUUCCUGAAUCCGCGCUUGGUGAAGGCAGCCAUUCAGGCAGCAGCCGCCAAGGUUGGCAUUUUCGAUGUGUCCGAAAUCGUGGGCGCCCCUUCGCCUGUGGAAGAGGAGGAACCUAAGGAGGAGAAGGCUAAGAAGGAGAGGAAGUCGCGAGGCCCUUCGGCGUACAACGUGUACAUGUCGUAUUUCAGCGACUACACGUCCCACUAUGGACACAACCCUGCUAUCCUUAAGCUGAAAGCAGACAACCCGGGCGCCAAGCUCAUGCAGCUGGCCGGGGCCUACAUGAAGACCCUCCCAGGGGGCGGGAAGGACGUCAUCAAGUCCAUCAAGGACUUCAUGGACGCCCAAGGGGACCAGGUUCUGGACUCGGCGCAGGUCAUCAAGCGAUACGAGGAGGCCCACCCCAACCGAGGCAUUGGCGACCUCCUGGGCCUGCAGGCCUACCCCCAGUACAAGACUGAUCCGGCGCAGAUAAAGGCUCAAGCCGCUGAGGCGCGGCGCCUGGCGCAGACGGGCACGCCGCUCACGGGGGCUCGCACCGCCGUCACGACCACCACCACCGCCAACGGGGUAGACCACGACAUGGAGGAGCAGGAGGCUGUCAACCCCUCCACGGUGGCCAAGCCAGAGAAGGCGCAGAAGGACAAGAAGCGCAAGAAGGACGAGGAGACGGACGAGGAGGAGGAGGAGCGGAAGAGCAAGAAGGAGCGGAAAGAGGAGAAGGCGGAAAGGAAGAAGGAUAAAGAGGAGAAGAAGGACAAGGAGGAGAAGAAGGAGAAGAAGAAAGACAAGGAGGAGAAGAAGGACAAGAAGGAGAAGGACAAGAAGAAGGAUAAGGAGGAGAAGAAGGAGAAGAAGGACAAGGAGGAAAAGAAGGAGAAGAAGAAGGACAAGAAGAAGGACAAGGAGGAGGAGAAGAGCGGGAAAAAGAAGGACAAGAAGAAGGACAAGUAAUCGGGGCGAUCAUCGGGGCGCCGCUCGCUUCAGCAGCACUAGCGUUUUUUGCUUGCGAUUGCGCUCAUGUGGCUGCUGUACCUUGCGAUGUACGGCUGUGUCUGUCGGGGCGUCUUUACCGCCAACUUGGAAGGGGACUCUGGCUGACUCGCCUGAUGGAACCUCGCAUUGUGUUCUCCUGAGCUCUACAGUAGAACGUCGGGAAUGCAUCUGUGGUAGCUACGUAGUAGGGAGGUGGUUGCACACCGUCGCUCUAUCGAUGCUGUCUGCUUAAUUUACAUCCUUUGACAAAUUUGCUCUGUAAUGCGGCUUAGGACAAACUUACGAAUUCACCUGUUUUGUUUAAGCUCGGUGCAGCAUUGGUCGGUGUUUAAUUGUAAGAGGAAGCUGUUAUGACAAGAUGCUGCAUGCAUACGAGUUCAUGGCUGUCUCGUUUCAAAGGACCGGCCCCCUAUUGGCUGUCCACUGUCGAAAUGUGAACUGUGUGGAUACGAAUAUCCCGCGUUAAGAUGUGGUUGCUUCAAGAUUUCGCAUAGGCCGAUUUGCACAAUGGCCACAAUGUAACUAUUUACUGAGUUGCGGGGAUGGGGGUAGCUACUUACAGACUACGAAAUUAGAAUGUACUUCAGGC